UUUAGUUAAUGGUAAACGGUCAACGCGUUAAGAUUAAAAAGAAAUUUUGAAAGCGUCUUAAUAAAUUUAUAAUUAAUUAUUAAAAAUAAAAAGUGAAAAAAUAAAAUAAAAAAAAAAAUUUUUUUUUCUUUUGAAAGUAAUAAGAAAAUUUCAAUUUUCUCUCAAAAUUUUUUCUUUAUAUACAAAUUAAAUCGAAAAUUUCGCGGCCCUUAUGAAGAAUUUUAUUAGAACUAUAUUAAGUAAAAAAAAAGAUCAAAAACUAGUUAAAUAUAUUAUUUCGGGUAAUAAGUUAAUAAUUAAAUAAAAAGAGAAAGAAAAGAGAAUCACAAGGAUUAAAAAGAAAAAUUUUCUCAUUUUUUAAAAAAAAAUAUUUGAAGGAUCAAAUAAGAAAUUUGAAAGAAAAUUUUUAAACAGAAUACAAAAAAAGUGAUAAUUUUUUAAUAAAUUAAGUUUUGAAACUUAAUGCUGAAAACGAAUACUCAUUAAAGAGAGAAGUAAUUUUCAAAGUUUGAGAAUGAAAAAGAAGCUAAACAUAUCACGUGUGAUUUCUAAAACAUCGAAUAAAAAUGAUGAUUUUAAAAAGAAUAACAAAAAUGGUGACAUUCUGAAUGCGCAAUUUUCGUUACUCGAUGGACCAAAAAGUGAAAAGGCACAAAAUAUUAGUUUUUAUCAAUUGUUCCGAUAUUCAACUUCAACUGAAAAAUUAAUAAUAUUUCUUGCAUUAUUUUUUGGGACAAUUGGUGCAAUAUUAAUACCAUAUUCAGUUAUUAUUUAUGGUGAAUUUACAUCAUUGCUAAUUGAUCGUGUAACAAGAAAAGGAACAUCGACUCAAGUACAUAUUUUAAAACUAUUUGGUGGAGGCAGAGAAUUAACAAAUGGUACUAUUCAAGAAAAUCGUGAUGCAUUAAUAGAAGAUUCAAUUGCAUUUGGAUUGUCAUCGGCAGCUGGUGCUGCUUUACAAUUUAUAGUAUUAAUUAUAUCAGUUGAUAUAAUAAAUAUAACUGCACUUAAUCAAAUAACUAGAAUACGUAAAUUGUUCUUAGAAGCCGUCCUUAAACAAGAUAUGAUCUGGUAUGAUGUAUACAGUAAUGACCAUAAUUUUGCAACCAAAAUGACAGAAGAUUUAGAUAAAUUUAAAGAAGGAAUUGGUGAAAAAAUAAUUAUAUUUUGGUAUUUACUCAUGACAUUUGUAACAUCUGUAAUAUGUUCUUUCUUUUAUGGAUGGGAAUUAACAUUGGUUGUAUUAAGUUGUGUUCCAAUUAUUGUUAUUUCAACAGCAUUAGUAGCAAAAAUUCAAAGUUCUUUAACUGAAAAAGAAUUGAAAUCAUAUUCAAGAGCUGGUGCUGUAGCUGAAGAAGUAUUUAGUGGUAUUAGAACAGUAGUUGCAUUCAGCGGUGAAAAAAAAGAAGAAGAACGUUAUGCAAAUCGUUUAAUCGAUUCUGAAAAGACUGGUUAUAAAAAAGGUUUUUGGUCUGGUACUGGAAGUGGUAUUAUGUGGUUUAUAACAUAUUGUUCAUAUGCGCUUGCAUUAUGGUAUGGCGUAGUUUUAAUUAUAGAUGAAGAUAAACAAUAUACACCAGCUAUAUUAGUGAUAGUAUUAUUUGGUGUUCUUAUUGGAGCACAAAAUCUAGGCUUAUCAUCGCCUCAUAUUGAGGCAUUUUCUGUGGCACGUGGUGCUGCAGCAAAUAUAUUUUCAAUUAUUGAUAGAAAACCAAUAAUUAAUUCAUUAGAUGAUUCUGGUAUAAAGCCAAAAGCUGUUACUGGUAAUAUACGAUUUGAGAAUAUUGAAUUCCGUUAUCCAUCACGGCCAGACAUUGAAGUAUUAAAAGGUUUAACCUUAGAAAUUGAAUCUGGUAAAACAACAGCAUUAGUUGGACCAUCAGGAUGCGGUAAAUCAACCUGUUUACAAUUAUUUCAAAGAUUAUAUGAUCCAAUGGAAGGUAAUAUUAAGUUAGAUGGAUACGAUAUUAAGACAUUAAAUGUUGCAUGGCUAAGAUCAAAUAUUGGCGUUGUCGGUCAAGAGCCAGUAUUAUUUGCCACAACAAUUGCUGAAAAUAUCAGAUAUGGUAGACCAAAUGCAACACAAGCAGAAAUCGAAGAUGCCGCAAAAAUUGCUAAUUGUCAUACAUUUAUAACAAAAUUACCACAGGGUUAUGAUACAAUGGUUGGUCAGAAAGGAGCUCAAAUGUCAGGUGGACAAAAACAAAGAAUUGCUAUAGCAAGAGCUGUUAUCAAAAAUCCGAGCAUUUUAUUAUUAGAUGAAGCCACAUCAGCGUUAGAUCCAACCUCAGAGAAAAAAGUUCAACAAGCAUUAGAAGAAGCUAGUGUUGGUCGGACAACAUUAGUUGUAUCUCAUCGUUUAUCAACUAUUACAAACGCGGAUAAAAUUGUAUAUAUUAAGGAAGGUCAAGUUCUUGAACAAGGUAGUCAUGAAGAGUUAAUGAAAAAAAAAGGAUAUUAUUAUGAUUUGGUGAACACAAAUAAAAAAGAUGAUGAUGAAGAUGAUGAAGAAGAUUCUUCUGAUGAAAGUCAAGGUAAAAGUGAAGCUGAAAAACCACAUCGUGCCAAAUUAGAAUCGAAUAAUUCAGUAUUAAGUGCUGGAGAAGACAAUGAAGCUCAUGUAGAUGAAGAAGAAUUGUAUACAAAAAAUGAGAAAUACAAAGUGUCAUUUAUGCGACUUAUGAAACUUAAUAAACCAGAAUGGCCAUACAUUCUUGUUGGUGGCAUCGCUGCAAUAUUACAUGGUUCUUCUUUACCAAUAUUUGCUAUACUUUUUGGUGAAUUUUAUGGCAUUCUUUCUAAUCCCGAUAAAGCAAAAGUACAAGAAGACAGUAAUUUUUAUUCAUAUUUAUUCAUUGCACUGGGUGUGUUAGCUGGUGUUGGUUCAUUUUUCCAAUUCCAUAUGUUUAAUAAAGCUGGUGUUAGCUUAACAUCAAGGUUAAGAAAACAAGCUUUUAAAGCUAUAAUUUCGCAAGAAAUGGCAUUUUUUGAUGAAAAAGUUAAUUCAAUUGGUGCUCUCUGUUCACGAUUAUCUGGUGAUUGUGCUAAUGUCCAAGGGGCAACUGGAAGUCGUAUCGGUGCAAUGGUACAAUCUAUAGCUACUUUAGUUAUUGGUAUUCUUAUAUCAUUUUACUUCUCUUGGGAUUUAACAUUAAUUACAAUGAUAACAAUACCAUUUGUUUUGGGUUCAAUAUUUUUGGAAUCACGUUAUAUGGAUGCUAGUACCCGUAAUGAAAAACUUGCUAUAGAAAGCGCUAGUACUGUAGCUGUUGAGGCUAUUUCAAAUAUUAGAACGGUAUCAAGUUUAGGCCAAGAACCACACGUUCUUGAAAGAUAUUGUAAGGAAAUUGAUUUAGUUCGUGAAGCUUGCAAAAAGAAAACAAGAUAUCGUGGAUUAGUGUUUUCUUUGGGCCAAGCAGCUCCUUUUGCCGCAUACGGGCUUUCACUUUAUUAUGGUGGUACUGCAGUCGCUGAUCGGGGAUUACAAUUUGAGAAUGUAAUCAAAGUUUCAGAAGCGUUAAUUUUUGGAUCAUGGAUGUUAGGACAGGCUUUAGCUUAUGCACCUAAUGUAAAUGCUGCUAUUGUUUCAGCAGGAAGAUUAUUACGUUUAUUUGAACGCCAACCAAAGAUGGUUAAUGUAGCGCCAUCUCCAUUUAAUUCUGUUGAGAAAGUUGAUGGUGACAUAAAUUACAAUAACAUACAAUUCCGUUAUCCUACACGUCCUGAAGUACAAGUACUGAAGGGAUUACAAUUAACAAUUAAACAAGGUACAACUGUAGCUUUAGUAGGACCAUCAGGUUGUGGUAAAUCUACUUGCGUUCAACUAUUAUUACGUUAUUAUGAUCCAGAUAGUGGAAAUAUAAAUAUUGGAGAUUUAGCUACAACAGAAUUUCCUUUAGAUACAUUAAGAUCACAAUUGGGUUUAGUAUCACAAGAACCUGUACUUUUUGACAAAACUAUUGCUGAAAAUAUUGCAUAUGGUGAUAAUUUUAAAGAUAUUCCAAUGGCAGAAAUAAUAGAAUGUGCAAAAAAAGCGAAUAUACAUGAAUUUAUUAGUAAUUUACCAUUAGGCUAUGAAACAUCUUUAGGUAAUAAAGGUGCUCAAUUAUCUGGUGGCCAAAAACAACGUAUAGCAAUUGCAAGAGCUUUAGUACGAAAUCCAAAAAUAUUGAUAUUAGAUGAAGCAACAUCAGCUUUAGAUAUGCAAAGUGAACGAAUAGUUCAAGAUGCUUUAGAUGCAGCUUCAGCUGGUAGAACUUGUAUAACAAUUGCACAUCGUUUAACAACAAUACAAGAUUCAGAUGUUAUUAUCGUUAUUAAAAAUGGUGUUAUUAUUGAAAAGGGUACUCAUGACGAACUUAUGAGAAUGGAAGGAAUGUAUUCAGAAUUAUAUACAAUGCAGCAAAUUCAAUAAUUUAAUUUUUUA